UUUUCGUUCCCUUCUCAGUCUCCUCCUCGGAAGUAGACGUCCGUGUCUAUAUUCCGUUCAUUUUAUUUUUCAUAUCAGUUUGGAAAUAUCCCUUUUAGAUUUUUAAAACCCCAAACAAAUUUCACGGCAAGCAUGGAGGCGAAACUGGACGCUUAGAAAAAUGACUGAUUCCGAUUUGCUCCUUUAUUUUACCUCAAUUUAAUGGACCGGAUGAUCUGCGUUUCCCACAACCUUGCAGGGGAGGUAGCUGUAUCCAGUGGGGAGGUAGGCUUUUCCAGGGUGUGUGAUGAAGUUCACCCAGCCCUUGGAAAGCCGGAAGCUGUCAUCUCUUCUAGAGAAGGCAGUUUCUAGGGAAGCCAAACUAUGGAAGGGUUACGUGCCAAAGAAACCUACCAACCAGGAUACAGAUAUUUCCCCUGAAAAGCGUGAUGAGGCCGUCCGCUGGUUGAGGGAUGUGCAUUCCCAGCUGAAGCUUUAUCCAGAGACCCUCUGCCUGGCCAUCGGCAUCCUGGAUCGCUUCCUCUCUGCCAUUAAGGCCCGUCCUAAGUACCUGCGCUGUAUCGCCAUCUCUUGUUUCUUCCUGGCUGUUAAGACCAGUGAGGAAGAUGAGAGGAUCCCUACACUGAGAGAUCUGGCGUCCAGCAGCAAAUGUGGCUGUUCUCCGUCGGAGAUCUUGCGGAUGGAGAGGAUUGUUCUGGAUAAGCUAAACUGGGACCUGCACUCCACCACCCCACUGGACUUCCUUUACAUCUUCCAUGCGAUGGUUCUGAGCUGUAGGUCCGGGCGGCUGAACGUGGCGUUGUCGGGUCUGAACCCUUCACAGCAUGUGGCUCUGCUCACCCAGCAGCUCUUCCACUGUCUGACCCACAAUGCACUGCUGCAGGUGCGCGGCUCUUUGCUGUCCCUCGGCCUCAUCACGCUGGAGCUGGAGAAACUCUGUCCUGAUUGGCUCGCUCUCACUGUCGACCUGCUGCACAAAUUACAGAUCGACAGUUCUCAGCUGAUUGGCUGUCGAGAGCUGGUUGCACGUUGCCUGUCCACACACACGGCUUCCCUGCCUCCUAACACUGUGUACAUCUGCCAUCCCCUGCUGAACGCCCCGGGGCCUCGGGACAGGGGACUCCUGCCCGCCUGGCAAGUGUCCCCCGCUCCGACAGCACCCUCUGACCCCAACGCCACGCACAACCGUUCAAGCAAGUCCUCGGCCAAGCGGAAAGUGGAACACAUGGAGGUGGACGAGUAUUUCGAUGGGAUCAAGCGCCUGUACAACGAGGAGAGUCCCCAGGAGGGGGCGCUCAUGUGUACGGGCCUAACAGUGGGAGGAGGGAAGCAGAACGCUGGUUCCUCCCCCUGCCCGCCUCUCCAACCGGCCAGAGAAACCUAGAAGGAAAAAAAAUCACACAACCACAGCAACCGUGUUCAUCAGUUCACCUCAGAGCAAGAGAGAGGCCAAAAAUACUAACAAAAAAAAAAAACAUUCUGUGCAUGAUGGCAUUUCAUAACCGUUCACUGAGCGUACACAUAAAAGGCUUUGAAAAAGCAGAAAAAAAAAUCUAUAUAUAAAGGAAAAAUGUUUGCAAAAAAAUUAAAGUAGGGAUAUUUUUUCCUCUAUCUGUGGAAACUGGUAUAGUUCCUGUUUGUCUCUUUUUAUGUGUAUUUCCUGCCAUUUAUUUCAUCUGUACCUCUCACUGUCCUUUUCUCUCUUUUUAUUUGUCAAACACAGCCCUCAACAUUUCUGAGUGCUCUUUUGAACAUGUAUAUUAGUUUUGUACAAAUGUACACUCGUUCACAGCUGGGUCUAAUGCUCGUUGUGAUGUGUGUGAGAUCACUGAGUGUGUGUGUGUGUGUGUGUGUGAGUAUUUGAAGGGUGAUAAUGUCCCUAUCACUUCCUUAAACUGAGCAUUAACGAUGAGCUGGUGUUAUCCGUGGCGUUAGAUCACACGUUGCGUGACUUGGUUAGUUGAACUGUUUGUCGCUUGUUCUAAACCUAGUAAUAUAACUGUUAUAUCGAGUAGAGUAAAAUGCAUAAGAUUCUGAACUAACAUAAAAAGCUUAAGACCUUCACCAUUCCUUUGCUGAUCAUAAUAUCCUCCAUGUGCGAUUCCUGCCGAAAGCCUUCUCUCGUGCUCUGAGGUGCUGAGGACAGUCCGGGACGCUGCUGAGAAACCUCCCAAAGCUCAAAUAAAUGAAAACGUACGGAA